GCGGCUGGCUGGGCUCCGCACGUGCGCCGACGUCGCCCUGACAACGGGGCGCGCGCGCUGCCCCGGACCGGGGUUCCCCGAGCAACGGGAGCCGCGCCGCCCGCGCGCCCCCAGGGUGGGUGGUGAGGCUGUCAGUCACGCCGUUGCCCGGGGUAACCGCCGCCGGGCUCUCUCCCUCCCUCCAGCCGCCCGCCCGGUGCGCGGAGCGGGUUGCACGGCGGAGGGGUUUGAGCGGCGCACCGUGGCUGGCGGCAUCCGGUUGUGUGUGUGUGUGUGGAGGGAGGGACAUGGUGGAGGGAGCGAGAUGACGGCCCGGGGGACGGCCAGCCGCUUCCUGCAGGGCGUCCUGCACAACGGCGUCGGCAGGUACAUCUGUCAGCUGAAGAGGCUCAACAUCGUCUUCAGCGGGGGCGCUGCGAGCAGCAGAGGCGUCAGAGAGUACAUUGAAGAAGGCGUGAUAGAUUUUGCGAGGCAGAAUCCUGGGAUUGUCCUCUAUGUCACUGAAAAGAAGUGCCACGUUCCGAAGCUGGUCGGGGAAUACUUGAAUGGAGCAGUGAGAGAAGAGUCUUUAAGCAGCAAGACCGCACGGGAGGUUGCCCAGCUCAUCCAGAAAAUGGCCACUCAGUCGGGCCUGGACAAAAUCCGCAUCCGCAAACCAUAUCACACCGACAGCCCGAGUGUACAGGGUCAGUGGAACCCAUUCAUCAACAAGCCCACUGCCCUGAACCUGCAAGACUUCAAGAAAGACUGAGAGGCCAGACCCAUCGUCAGGAGCAGAGAAAUUGACAUAAUCAGCCCCAUUUAUAGCUUAAAUCUGUCCUUCCCUGCUUAAACCAAAUCUUUCCCCCUGUGUAUUGAACAGCAUAUGAUUGCAAAUAGGUUCUAAUGACAAGAAAAUCCCCAGCCACCUCCCCGCCACUCCCUGUUGGUGGAACAUCAGUCUGAACUUUGAACCUUGAUUCUGUAGCUUCUCACAAAUUGUUAAAUGUUAAUAAAGAUACAGAAGUGGUUAA